UAUAGAUCAUCACGGAGAAAGAAGAAACAGAGCGCCAUUUUUGUGAUUGUCUCUAUUUUUAACCUAUUACAAUAUUUAUAGAAACUUUCCAGACAGUCUUACCCUAGACUAUGAUUACUUAACAUUGCAAAUGUACGACUGUUAUAAAAUUUGAUUUAAAGAAGCUUUUAAAGUAAAGUAAGGAUGUUUGGAGCAAAACCAACAGGAUUUGCCUUUGGUGCUACUGCAAAUAACUUUGGACAAACAGCUGGAUUUGGUGCAGGAAACUCAACAUUUGGUUCUGCCAAGCCAACAGGAACUGCAUUUGGUACUCCAGGUGGUGGUGGUGGUGUCUUUGGAGCAGCCACCCCAGCUGCCACACCUGGUGGGGGUUUGUUUGGACAACAGAAUCCAAGUUCUGCUGGUGGUGGAUUGUUUGGUGCCACACAGCCACAGAAUCCAGGUUUUGGACAGUCAUCAGGUUUCACAUUUGGAGCGACACCAACAGCAAGUAGUUCUGGUGGGGGGUUGUUUGGACAGCAACAACAAAGUGCAGGAGGGCUGUUCUCUACGCCAGCUACAAACACAGGAUUUGGUGCCAAACCAACAGGAUUUGGAGCUAGCUUUGGAGCAAGUACUGGUACACCAGCUGGCGGAAUAUUUGGUCAAACACAACAACAACAACAGACACCAUCUUUGUUUGGACAAGCUGGCACAAGUGCAGGCUUUGGUGGAAAUGUUGCCAGUGGAACAACACUGAAAUUUAAUGCUCCAUCCAGUUCAGAUACAAUGGUGAAAAAUGGACAAACAACAAAUAUCAACACCAGACACCAGUGCAUCACAGCUAUGAAGGAGUACCAAUUGAAAAGUUUAGAGGAAUUAAGAAUGGAAGAUUAUGCUGCUAACCGAAAGGGUAAACAGCCAGGAAGUGGAGGGUUAUUUGGAACACAGCCAACAGCUACCCAACAACAAAGUACAGGAUUUAACUUUGGAAUGACUGCAAGUCCAUUUGGUCAACAACAGCAGCAGCAGCAACAACAGCAGCCAGCUUCAACUGGAUCAACAUUAUUUGGAGCCCAGCCACAGAGUUCUGCAGGAGCUUUAUUUGGUCAAGCUAACAAACCAUUGUUUGGAACUGCUACAACAAGCACUGCAGGAUUUGGAUUUGGUGGCAGUACUGGUACUAAUAAUUCUUUGUUUGGAAAUCAAAAUAAGCCUCUAUUUGGAAGUACCCAGGCAGCUACAACACAGUCUUCAUUAUUUGGUAGUACAGGGACUGCAGGUUUUGGAGCAUCCACUGGUUUUGGUGGAGGGGCGGGAGGAUUUGGUGCUAGUACCUCCACCGGAGGUUUAUUUGGUACUAACAAGCCAGCAUUUGGGGCUACACCUGUGACAUCAACAACAGGGUUUGGUCAGACAAAUCUGUUUAAUAAACCUGCAGGGACUGGACUCUUUGGUGCCACUUCACAAGCACCUGCUUUUGGUACCAGUACAGGGAGCAGUUUAUUUGGGGCUAAACCUGUUGGAUUUGGUACUACAACAUCAGCUCCUAGUUUCAGUCUAGGUGCAACUCCUGGUGGCCUGUUUGGAGGGAACACAGCUAAACCUGCUGGAUUUGGUUUUGGUGCUAGUACAGGAGCCAGUACCUUUACAGGUUUUGGAGGAGGCUUCAAUACAGCACAGCCCUCAUUAAAUCUGGGAGGAGCCAGCACCAUGUUGUCAACUGCAGCCAAUCCUCAGAAUUCAGGACCAACUCCACAACAGAUACAACAACAGUUACUAGCAUUGAAUCACUCACCCUAUGGGGAUUCUCCUCUUUUCUGGAACCUCAAACAGACUGAAACUAAGAGAGAAGAUCUGUUAAAGCCAACAAAUCCAAUAGCACAGAAAGCUGUAUUGACCAGUCAGUUUAAAGUUAGUCCAAGACCAACAGCCAGAGUUAAACCAAAGUCAUUACAUAAUGUACUCAAUGGUUCCAAGUCCCAGAUAUUUGAAGGACUAGAAGAUGAAGACUUUAGUUUUGGUAAUGAAUCAUUCAUGCCAAAGAAGAGCAUAAAGAAACUUGUUCUAAGGAAAACUGGAACAGAAUCUAAUUCCCCAAGUCGUGCCUCAUCAGUAAUCGAAGAUUUACAUAAUGAACAAUCACUCAAUGAUACAGAUCCUAGCUUUCUUCAGAAUACUUCUCACAGCAUGCCAAUUGAAAGAAGUGUUAGUAAGGACAUUCCAGAACCAGAGAGUAAUCUGAGAUUCCAGAAAGUACCUAGUCAGAACUUAGAUGACACAAUAGCCAUGUUAAAUGAACAGAACAAAGGAGGAGGAAAGUUGUCUUCACGGUCAGCUGAUGAAACAGAUUUAGAUAUUACACAGAGAGAUGAAAGUCUAGAAAGAAGACCAAAGACACCCACCCCUCCACAUGCUGCGGGUAUUGUCCUGACUAGACCUGAGUAUUACACACUCCCAAGCAUGGAGGAGUUAGCAGAGAUGGUGAAUGAGAAUGGUGAUUGUUUUGUUGAUGGAUUCACCAUUGGUAGAGAAGGAUAUGGUAGUGUGUACUUCCCAGGAGUCGUCAAUGUAGCUGGACUCAAUCUAGACGAGAUUGUACAUAUCAGGAGGAAAGAGGUGAUAGUUUAUCCUGAUGAUGAUAACAAACCUGAUCAAGGCGACGGUCUGAACAGGAAGGCAGAGAUAACACUGGACUGUGUCUGGCCGGUAGACAAGACAACAAGAAAACCCAUUCAGGAUCCUGAAAGAUUGAAAGCCAUGAAUUACCAUGAGAAAAUAGAAGGGAUAACAGCAAGGAUAGGUGGCAGGUUUACAGACUACAGACCAGAAACCGGAUCAUGGGUUUUUGAGGUUAAACAUUUUACCAAAUAUGGUAUGGAUGAAAGUGAUGAGGAUGACCUUUCUGAACUGACCCAGCACCAAGCUAAGAUGCAGGCCACUGCACAAUUAAAACCACGCCAGCCUCUACCACCACAGUCUGACAGGGCACCAGUGCAGAGCGUCCCUGUAACAGAUCCCAGACAAGACAGGGUAGUACCCAUGGCAGACGAUGACGAUGAUAUCAUCCAAGAUAUCACCCAGGAGAAGAUUCCUGAUGACAUGUUACAAGGUUUAGAAGAUGAAGACAUGGAUGAUCAGCCAUCAUCACACAAGUUAGCCAGUAGUAUGGGUGUUAGUGCCAGAAACGUUCAGGUCAUGAAAGCCUCUUUCUUUAAUGAAGAUGGUAUUGGAGACGGUGGUCAAAAGACAUUAUUUUCUAAGCCAGCAGCUAAGAAACAGGGAGAUGUUCCAAGCCUGUUCAGUUCAGCUUAUAAAUCAAAAUACAUGUCCCCUGUUAAACUAACCCAUCUUCCUAAAGAGGCAGAAUUAAGGAGAGAUGACCAAGGUGGGUUAUUCCACAAUAGAAUUCUCACACCAGAACCCAUUCGACCAAGUAAACCAACAUACCAGCCGCCACCAGUUGCCGAACACAUGCCACUGGCCAGUGGUCUCAACGCAGAUGACUUUCCUAAAAAAAUAGUAGGGUCAAGAGUUCAGAGACCAAUCCCAAACUUUAGAGAUUCACUGAUGUAUGAUAAACAGUUUAUGAUAAAGGAUGCAGGACUAUUUAUGGGACGGUCCUUUAGAGUAGGAUGGGGGCCAGGUGGCAUGUUAGCCCAUUGUGGUAGAACAGUAUCAGAGGUCCAGAAAGAAGAGAGUAACACAGAUACCUCACAGUUUACCAUACUGCCUGGAAUGGGACAGACUAAUAGUGGACAAUCAGAAUGGACAGUUCAUAUAGAAAAAUUAGACAUAGCUGGCUAUGUCAGAGCUAAAGAUCCUACAGUUAUUACUAACCAUGUAGAGAUGUUAAGUGUACAGUUAGAGAACUCAGAAAGUAUGUUAGAGGGUGACUGUCCAGUAUUUGUACCGUCCUCUGGAGUAGAGGGUUUACAUCAAUGUGCUAAACAAGUCAAACAAGAUUUACAAGAAUCAGAUAAUCACCCAGAUAAGGCUCUCCUGGAGCAGAUGGAUAGAGUGUUAGAUUUGUGUGUAGCUUUGUGGGGUAGAUUACCAGAUUGUAUUACAGAUGAGCCAGUAGAAGGAUAUGAUUAUCAGCAUUCUAGGAGAGAAGCCUUGUCUAAAUGGUUGAUGUCAACUGCUGUACAGAGAAUACAAGAGGACGUACAGGAGGCCAAAUAUAAGGGCAAAGAUCAUCUACCAGCUAUAUUAGCAUAUCUGAGUGGGAGGAAAAUUUCAGAAGCCUGUUCAUUGGCUCAAAAAUCAGGUGACCAUAGACUGGCAUUGUUAUUGGCUCAGACAGAGAGUCAUUAUGUUGUCAGACAACUGGUAGAAAAACAACUGAUUGAGUGGGCAGAACUUGGGGCAGAUAAAUAUAUAAAUAUAGUUCGCAUGAAGAUAUAUGCCUUGUUGUCUGGACAAUUGGUAUGGAGGGCACCUGUUGAACCUUACACCAUGAUUAACACAUGCGAAACUAUGGACUGGAAAAGAGCACUAGCUUUACAUUUAUGGUUCUUGUGUCCAUCAAAUUCUCCGAUCCAUCAGGCUGUAUUAGAUUAUGAAGCAGGCUUCAAAGGGAGAUCAAAUUGUGGAAUCUACUGUAAUCCUCCUUUACCACCAUACUCAGAAGGGGUAUUAGAUUGUCCAAUCGAAGAGGAGGAUGAAGGUCACAUGUUAAGAGACACUUGUUAUCAUGUUUUAAAGUUAUAUUGUCAGAAAUCUCAUCGCUUAGACAGACUGUUAAAUCCCACAUCCUCCACAGAAAAUCAGUUAGAUUAUAGAUUAAGCUGGCAUCUGUACCAAAUAUUACAGUCUUUAGAUUACAAACAUCUCUCCCCCUACCACAGAGCCUACGUACACAUGAAUUUUGCCUCACAAUUGGAAUCCAUUGGAUUAUGGCAUUGGGCUGUUUUUAUUGUUUUACAUAUAGAAGACAAACAGUGUCGGGAAUCAGCAGUAAAGGAUCUCCUGUACAGAUAUGUAACACUGUCAACAGAUAAAGAUAAAGAAGACUUCUUACAGGAAAAACUCAAUAUUCCUGUCAGAUGGAUACACUAUGCUAAGGCACUGAGAGCAAAGCAUGAGAAUAAAAGUCAUGAGGAAGCCCUGCAUUUACUGAAAUCAGGCCACUGGAAUGCAAGUCAUAAAGUCAUACUGAAACAUAUAGCUCCUGAUGCCAUCAUAAAUGAAAAUCAUGAGUAUCUUAAAAAAUAUCUGAAAGAAUUAUCAAACCCUGCACACAGCAGUAAAAUAUCUGAUUGGCAUUUUGGUGGACAAGUGUUCCUGGAUUAUAUCAACCAAUGUGAGGCCGUAGAAAAAUUUAAACAAGCUCUAAGUGGAGAAGAGCAACAAAGACCGAGUGGUUAUGACAUAGAAAGCUUGGUACACAGUGUUACAACAUUAUGUGCUAAAGUUGGAAAUUUACAGUGUACAAAUUCAAAAGAAAGAUUAUGUCAAUCUGAGAUGUCCAAAAUAGCAGCCGUUUUACUGAGAACAUUAUUACUCUUACAGGGACACAAGGUUGGAUCAUCAGAUUAUCUCCCCUUAACGUUGUUAGCUCCACAUAUCAGCAAUUUACCAAUGCCAGAAGAUUACCGAAUACAAGAAUUACGGGCCUUGACAAGAAGUAAUAUGAUGGAAACAACUGCAUAACAGAAGUUUGAAGAAGAUUUUUAAAAGACAAGAUAUUACAAUUGUGUGUUAACAUGAACUAUAAAUAUUGUCAAAGCCAGCAUAUUGAGUUCAGAAUGUAAUUCAUGUAUUGACAGAAAUUCCAGAAUUAUGACAAGAUAAUUAUUAUGUCAGUGUAAAAAAUCAUGUUAACAUUGUACAGGCCUUACAAAAUUUAGGCAUGUUUCCAUAUUCACUCUAUCAAAAAUUGACAUGAGUUGACAACUUUGCAAACGUCAAGAAUUUGUAUCAUUACUUUUAGUAAAAAAUAUUAUUUAUAA